CCUAAUAGCCGUGACACGGCCAGACCUUCCUUUUUGGGAAUAUCUGCCUCUUAUCUGUCGAAAGGCGCCCUUCUGCUCUGCUGAAAAUUGUGUAGUGCUAGUGUACUUGGGUGUAUAGUAUAGAUACCCUUCGCAUUGCUCACCUCCGCACACCAACCUGAUGUUUUCGAUUCCAUUGGCUCUGCAUCCUUACUUACCAGUAUGCUUGGGAAAACUAAUCCAGCAGUGGUUAGUGGCUUAGGAGAUUUCGAUCACGUGCCCGGCGCACAGGGCGGCCCGUAGACUUCUGAGGGUAUCAAGAUGUCCUCAUCGGUGAAACGUACGCUCGCAGAGGAAGAAUUCGCGACCAGAUGCGCUCCUGAAUGGCAGAGAAGUGACGGGUGUGUUCCAGAAACUUUGCUGGGCGGCUUGUACUCUUACAUGCUUGCCGCAGCUUGCCUUCCGAUCUCGCAGCAAGAAUUCGAAAUGCAUCCAUGCGCGGCAGGAAGAAUGUCACGGAAGGCUAUCGUAGCCCGUCCCUCCUCCUCAGAGACACCGUAUUCAAGUCCCGUGAAAGCCUCCUCAUCUUCCACGACAGUUGCUAACAGCCCACCCACUUCCAAUGAGGUUCUCCACCAAGUUUUCUCGUCGGCACUAGGAGUAUACACACCACUUCCCUCACCAAGUAAGCGUCGGCGUUCAAGAGUGGACCUCGACGACGAAGACUCGGAUGUCUCACCUGUUAACGGACAGUCCGAAGACCGGGAUGAGGCAAUGGAAGAAAUAAGUAGUGACGAAGAGGAGAUGGAAGUGGAGAGGCCUGUAAAACCCCUGCGACGUUCUGGGCGAUCCGCUAAGAAAGAGGUGUCACCUCCAAUGCCCAAUCCUCUGAGGUGCCCCGGGAUGUCAGAUGUAAUCACAGCGCAACAGCGUCGGGCUACAGUGGCUAAUGGUCACGGCCAGGAUGCUCCCCUGGUGGCCUCCAACAGCACUCCACAACCAAGGUGAUCGAUAUGAUUUAUUUUUAGGUAAGUUGCCGAUGUGGUUAUGCGCAGGCACUGGGUAUCAAUAUGCUUCCAAAAAGCAGUGGAUCCGAUCCUGUGACGGCUGUUUCCGCUCAAGGAUUUUGAUUUGAAAAUGGUGUCUUUAUUGCUUGGUUCCACUAGCAAGGCGGUUCUAGAUUAGCAAAAUCCACCGCUGUUUGUAUAUCCUUGACUUCACACAAUGGAAACCAUGUGUCGCGCCCAUAUCUCAUGUCACCCACGUUAAUUGUUGUGACGGAGUUGACAGAGAGUCAUGCGAGUACAAAGAGCCUUGUGGGUGGUUAGUGGAAGGGAUGAUGGAAUACGUAAGACCUUUACGCUACCACUGAUUUAAUCUAUAUGCC